UCCAAAAGAGCUUUUACUUGCAAAUCUCUUUACAAACCUGAAAUUCAAAUCAAACAAGAGGGUCAACCUGAAACCUAGAUUAUAGAGUCUUCUUUCAAGAUAAUUCUGGCAAAGCUUUCACCUUGGCAUGAUGUACCAUUGCAAUUUGGUGAUGGAGUGUUCAAUUUCAUUGUGGAAAUACCAAAAGAGACUAGUGCAAAGAUGGAAGUUGCAACUGAUGAGCCAUAGACUCCCAUUAAACAGGAUAUCAAGAAGGGGAAACUUAGACUCUACCCGUAAGAUUCAAAAAAAAAAAAUUCUGCAUUGCCACUUGUUACACUUACACUUCUUGGGUUAUUGCUAAUUUGCUAUCGAGUUGACAAGUUGAGGACUGGUGUCCAUUUCCAUUGAAAUUGGAUUGCAGGCGUUGAAAACAUUCUUCAAGGACAUUUGAUUCAGGCAUUUCAUGAAAUAUGAGUUGCACAAAUGCAUAAUUUACUUUCGCUAACAUGUGAAGACCCAACAGUAGCUAAUUCUGAAGUUGAUGGGGCAUUUGGAAAUAACGAUCCAGUUGAUGUUGUUGAAAUUGGGGAUAGGCAAGGAAAAAUUGGCGAGAUUCUUAAAGUCAAGCCUUUAGGUGCUUUGGCUAUGAUCAAUGAGGGAGAACUCGACUGGAAGAUUGUUGCUACUUCGUUGGAUGACCCAAGAGCUUCACUCGUCAAUGAUGGCACUCUCACUGCUAUAAGAGAUUGGUUCAGAGACUACAAGAUCCCAGAUGGAAAGCCUGCUAAUAAGUUUGGACUUGGGAACAAAGCAGCCAACAAGGAUUAUGCUCUGAAGGUCAUAACUGAGACCAAUGAAGCUUGGGCUAAACUUGUCAAAAGAACCGUUCCUGCUGGAGACUUCUACCCCCUCUUUCAGACUUUCUUUCUUGCAGAGUUUGAAACAAACUUCCUCCAAUUUUUUGUAUCAAAUAUCUUGUACAGCUUCUUUCUUUCUUCCUUUUUCUCAGUUUUAGUUUUUUUCAACGGAUUUUAAGCGGCGCACUGAGGUUGGCUCAGAUAAAGGUUUCGGCCUUCCAAUAGACAGUUCACUCACGUUAGAUGAUCAAUAAAAAUGGU